AUGCCUGCUCCAAGAGACCCAGAAUACCUACGUUCUCGGCGUGAGCCUAAACCCCGCAAACCCCCUACGCCACCAGCGCCGAGGUGGAUUGACUUGAACACCAUCAGCUCUUGGAUCAAAGCAUGCAACGAAAAUCAUGGAGACCAUUGCCAAAGAUCUCGCCUGCUCCACGAAACACAAGGGUUGCCGAAUUGGUUGAUUCAUGUAUCAGAGAAACGCAUAGUGCCCUUUCAGCCUGGCUGCCAAUAUGUAGCUCUCAGCUACGUUUGGGGAAGGUCGACAGGCCACGAUUUGCAAUUGCUGUUAAGCAACCUUGACUCGUUCCAGGAGAUCAACGCGCUUGAAAAUAUGUGGGAAGAGGUCCCUGCUACAAUUCAACAUGCGGUGGAAUUAGUACGCCUCAUUGGCGAAGAGUACAUCUGGGUCGAUCGUCUUUGCAUUGUGCAAGAUGAUUAUGAGACGAAGCAAGAACAAAUCAGUCAAAUGGCAUUUAUAUACGGCAAUGCGUACUUCACAAUCGUCGCUACAGCAGCCUACAGCGCUGAAGAAGGACUGAAAGGGAUCAAGGAAGUUUCUCCCUCGAUGUAUUACAAUGUCUGGCCAGAAAGAGCAAACAUGGACCACUACGGCCUAAUAGCGUGGUCACCAUGGAAUGAGCGAGGAUGGACAUUGCAAGAACUCGUGUUCUCACAAAGGUCACUCUUCUUUCACCGGAAUGAGUUGACUUGGGAAUGUCACUGUGCAAUAUGGCAUGAGCGGAUGCAACUUGCAGAUAUCGGUGAAACAAGCUGCCUUGGGACGCACAACCCAAAUGCUCGUGGGUUUCGUUAUUCUUUAUGGCCGGACUUGCAAGAGUUCCAUCAGUUGGCAACCAGCUAUAGUCGCAGACAAUUGUCCUUCUCGAGCGACAUUCUUCCAGCGUUUGCUGGUAUCACGACAGCUUUAGCACACUCGUUCCCAGGUGGAUUCCUAUUUGGCCUCCCUGAAGUUGCAUUCGAUGUUACUCUCCUGUGGAGACCGUCUGGCCCAGCAUCUCAGAGUUCUAAAGUAGGCGAAGCGUCCAUUCCCAGUUGGUCCUGGAUGGUCUGCCUUGACCAGAAGAUCUCUGCAGAUCUUUCACCCUGGGCGAGUGGCUUUUCAUACCUGGUAGGCUCUUCCUCCGGCCAGGCGGCGGAACAGGGUGACAGACGCACUUAUGCACCGCUGCAUGUCGCUUAUCAACAAGAGUGGAAUUCUCGAUGGAACCGAAAGCGUCCUCCAGCGGGUGUAUUGGAUGGAUUGUUUACUGAGUCAAUUUGCUCGUGGUAUGUUAAAGAAGAGACAGGUGACAGACUCAUUUCAAAUGACCUCGACGAGUUCAAAGAUUGCUGUCGUAACGAGACCCCUGAGCUACCUCCAGGUUGGGAAAGAGAAGGGGAUCUAUUCUACCAUCCAUUUGACCCGCAGCGCAGAUUCAAGUAUCCUAUUCCUCUAGUCACUAACGAAGAGGAGGUUUUUAUCAAAAAAGACUCUUCGUUUGUGAUAACAACUCAAACGGAGAGAGCAUUCUUCUAUAAUAUCCCCGAAUCAUACGGACAAGCUGUGGAUAGGCUUGAAGAAGAAGCCGUCGUUAAUAUCUGCAACAGCGAGCAAACCUGGGUCGGUUGCCUGCGCGUUCAGACCCGAACAAUACUGUGGCGACUGUUGAUUAAGAAAGUCGAGUGCGAAUUGGUAGCAAUAUCUAAAGGAUAUAUCGACUCGAGUGCGGGUGGCUGGUCUCGUCUUGACGAAUAUGAUGCAUUGAAAAGUCGAGAACUAGAGAAGUAUGAGUUCUACAACGUCUUGUUUAUUGAGUGGAAGGAUGGCGUCGCUCAUCGACAAGGAAUUGGACGCGUGGAUAAAUUGGCUUGGGAAGCUGAGCCUCGUCAGAUGAUCGAUUUAUUGUUGGCAUAA